AUGAACGAUGGUACCACAUCCAUUCUUGUAGGAGAGUCUCAAUCAGGUGUAACUGUAUUAUCUACCAAAUUACGGCACCAGAAAUUCUUCACCACAGAUGUUCAAAAGGGAGAAAUAUAUCGCACUUCAACCUUAUCAAAUAGUCCAAGCAGAGCUCGAAUUGGUGUGUCACAUUUAUCAGUGCCGUUAGCUUGGAAUAGUGAUGAGCACUUCGGAGCACGUGGAGAGGGAAAAGUAUAUUCGAUGUUUGUGGCACUUCGAGCCACAAAUAACAUUAAUGAUAGCCGUAUUGUAACAGCCGUUGAUCGUACAUGUACCGAUGUGACAUUUACCGAUUCGUUCAUAUUCGAAAAUCAACCGGUGGAUUUCGAAAUUGAAAUUCAGCUUUAUGCAUCACGAACCGAUGGCGGUGAUAACAAUCAAUCAUUAAAGCAGAAAUUAACUCGUUCAUUUGGACGACGAUUUGGCACUAAUUAUAAGACAAUUUGGAUGAGUGAUGAUAUGAUACCAUUCGAUCCGUUAAUGAAUGGUGAAGUUGUUGGCAAUGGUGGCAGUCAAAACGGCUCAAACAAUAAAUAUUUUCAUCUGUUAGGUCGGACAACAUUGACUUUGAGUGAUGCAAAACCGAAAGCCGGAAUUUACGACCUUCAUCUGUCACCAAAUGCAGCCGAUCAUGGCCCACCAUUAUACGGCCAUAUUCGAUGUCGAAUCGUUGCCCAACCAAAUUCGGUAGCAAUGCCUUUAUCGGAUGGUAUUUUAACAAUCAAACCUGUUGGUUAUGAUUAUUUGUAUCAGAAUAUGCGUUGUAGAUUACAAGCUGGUAUUUUACGAUGUGUAACAAACAAUUCACAGUAUUCACAGGAUCAUGCUAUCCUUCAUAUUUAUAUUAAUAAGGAUUCAAAGAUAUUAGCAUGUAAACAUCAGUGUAGUAUUAUUGUUACCUCAGACUGUUAUUUGGGUGGCACUAAACGAGACAAGCAAUUUAUCCUGACAUCAGAUAGUGAAGAAGAUAUUGCUGCAUGGAGGCAUGCUAUCAGCUUGCAAAUUGCUGAUUGCGAACAAUGGGGCGAAUUUGCUGUUUCAUCGAUAAGACUAACCAUUGAACCGGAUCAUCCGGAAGUGGUAAUUUUAUCACGGAUGAAUGGUCGUCGAUUGUACGAUGAAAUUCAAAUUCAGGUCAAUGGUGCUAUGCAGGGAAUUUUGAAAAGUGAUGCGUGCAGUCCAUAUCGGAAUCUUACGGUUGAUCCCUCCAAAAUGGUUUCAUUUGCUCCAACAACGAAAUCUAUUCAGACCGCUCCGUCAGGACGCAGGCGGAAUAGUCGUUCUCACGUGCGUAAUCUCUUUCAGCCGGAAAAUAAUACCGAAUAUUACUAUGUAAUCAAUCUACCGAUUAGAAAUGUACGGUCACUUCAGAAAACCAAUGGAUCGUCCUCAAAAUUAACUACCAAUAGCUACAUAAAUGACCUAUCACCGUGUACGCAAAUGAAUGGAGGACAAUACAUUGACCCAAAUGAAAAGAAUGCUAAUGGAGUUGAUGUGUACGAUACGGUUCCGGAAAAUCGGUCAGAUAAUUUCCUCAAAACUUUAAAAAAAAGCUUCCAAAGAUCGUUCGGUGUCUUGAAAAAUCGUAAAUGUCAUGAAGUUUCGCGUUUUUAA